AUCACCGACCGCACUCAAUCUUUUUUUGGGGGGUUUUGUGUUUUUGUUUCGUUUUUGUUUUCAAUUGUCAUUUCACCAACAAGAAAAGAAGGAGGAAAAAAAACCUCAACCAAAAAAAAAAAGUCAACCCAUUUUAGUAUUCACUUCAACUCAAUCCAAAAAAAAACCUCCCUCGCCCAGACAAAUGUUCAACGAUCGGACACAACUCUCACGUUAGGCAAUGUGCGCAAACCUUACAGAGCAGUCGGCGAAGCAGAUUAGUGACGGGAGCCCUCCCGGUCGCAGCCCCGAGCGGGAUCACGGGCAGCCGCCCCACAAACAGCAGCACCGUCAACAUCGCCAGCAUCUUCAACAUCACCAUAAUAAUUAUAAUUACAACCCCCGUCACCAGUCGAACAAGUCUGCUGCCGCCAAAACACAAGAACGUCAACAGCAGCCAGCAGUAUGGACUUGGUUGAACGCACUCGGGGCUGAUGGUGCUCGCAUGGUGACUCCAUCCCACCCGUGUAGUCCCCCGACCCACGUGCUGCCAGCAGAUUCCCCCGACUUUGGCACCACCGCCAGCGUCGUUCGACCCUUGGUCCGACGGCGUUCGACGUUACCAACCAAUUCAGCAGCCAUGUCAGCCCAUGAUGGCAGCUCAACCGAUGCCUCAAGAAUCAAUUUCGCUUCCGACCCAAGGCAACAACAAAUCAGUACCAGUGGUGUACUUUUUGGCGUCUCUGAACUUUUUGAUUGGCGACCACCCCACGAGGAUGCUUCUAACAAGCGAAAAAUUUCUCCUCCACAGACUUGCGUCAAAUGCCAUACAACCGACACACCGGAAUGGCGCAACGGUCCAGCAGGCCCCGGCACAUUGUGCAAUGUCUGCGGCUUGGUGUUUGCAAAGAAACGCGCGCGCAGAGAUAGAGACUCCUGGUCUCUGGAUGUCAACAAUGCCCGUGGAGGCUGCUAGCAACCAACCCCCUUUCUGCAGUAGCCAUGCCACCCAACCAUGCAUUAACCUAUGGCCUAGUCUAUAAUAACUAGGCUAGAGGCUUUCUCAACCUACUUGGGUUUUCAGUUCAGCAGGCUACACAACCUCUAUUCAUGAUGGAAUCCAUGCCCGGUAUCAGGCCUUGGCCAAGGCCGGCACGCGGUAAAACAUUACGAAGAUGAUCACGCGACAACGAUUGACACUAUUGAGCUACAUAUCUGCCAACGCUGAUGCAGCAAGCAAUAAUGACCACAUUGUGAGAACAACGAGAUAAACAUGAGUCUAUGACCUGGUUUCUUGCGUAGCUUCUCAAACAAGAAUUGAGCUCAAUAAGUACCCGGCAGAAUUCCCACAAGGCCUCCAUCAACUAGCAACGAUAAGCCGUUGACGUAUGCUCCUGCUCGUGACGACAAGUAUAGAGCUGCCCCGGCGAGGUCAGCGUCGUCGCCGAAGCGUUUCUCCGGUAUGUGGUUGGCACCGAGCCCACUAUUCUCAUCACUGAGCAAGGGCGCAGUCAUUUCAGCUUUUGAGUAGAAGCCAGUUAGCAGAGGCUCUUUUGUACACGUUUUCUUUCUUUCUUUUUUUCUUUUGAUUUUUUCUUCCAAUGAUGAUAAUAUAUGUUGGGG